UUCAGUUUUUUCAACUGUCUUCCUGCCCGUCCGCAGAAGAAGUUGCAGUGAUGUGGCUCUACCUGCUAGGCCUGGUGGUUGUGUACUAUGCGUACCGCUGGUUCAAGGAACUCGAAAGAGUUCCAGACCGCGGUAACAAGUACGUCUACAUCACCGGCUGCGAUACGGGAUUCGGGAACCUGCUAGCCCGCCACCUGGACAAGAAGGGUUUCCGCGUGAUAGCGGGAUGCUACACGGAAAAGGGCGAGGAGGACCUGAAGAAAGCUUGCUCCGACCGAGUGACCACCGUCCACCUGGACGUGAGGAGCAGCCAGAGCAUUGACAAGGUGGCCGCGUUCAUCAAGGAGAAAGUGGGAGAGAAAGGUCUGUGGGGAGUGGUCAAUAACGCGGGCGUGUCCAUCCCCUCGGCUCCCUGCGAUUGGCUGAACCUUCAGGACUACACGUCCAUGCUGGAGGUCAACCUAGAGGGAGUUAUAGGCGUGACCCUCAGCGUCCUCCCGCUCAUUAAGAAGGCCAGGGGUCGUAUCGUGAACGUAGCCAGCGUGUGCGGAAGAAUCAGUCCUUUCGGGGGACCCUACUGCGUCUCCAAAUACGGCGUGGAGUCAUUCAACGACACCCUCAGGCUCAGCAUGAAGCCCUUUGGGGUGAAAGUUCUGUGUAUCGAGCCAGGCUUCUUUAAGACUAGUGUGACCGACACCCAGAUUCUGCUACGUAACGUGAAAAUGCUGUGGGAAAGAUUACCACAGGAAACCAGGGACGACUACGGCCACGAUUACCUGGACAAAGUGGAGGUGCUGAUGAAGGAGAAGUUCUCCAACAUGCCUGAUGCUGACCUGAUGAAGGUGGUGAGCUGCAUGGAGCACGCGGUCGCCGCCGUACACCCCCGGAGCCGUUACUCCCCUGGCUGGGACGCCAAAUUAUUCUGGCUCCCUCUCUCCUACGCCCCUGCCUGGCUGUCUGACUACAUGCUGCUUAAGGACAGCGUCAAACCUGCCAAAAUGGUUGCCUAGGCAACACAGGCUCAAACGUACCAUCAGGAAACUCUAUGGGUUGUUUAUUGCAUUUUAAUUAAUGUUAUCAACGUUCAUAUAUACUUUAUGUAGAGAAAGUGUGUGUGUGUGUGUGUGUGUGUG